UAUCCGGCACAGCGCAUCAUGUAGGAAAAGGUGAGACGCGCGAUUUCGAUAGGCAGGCGCGCGUAUUAAUUCCUCGAGCGGUAUCUUUUAUUCGCUGUAUUAUACGUCAGCUGAUUUUUCCUUCGACGACUAUAACGCACUAAGCCGCGCUCCGUGCCGCGUUUCUACAGUCUUCGAACGACCGUUGCUACGUGCGUAUGCGCGGCACGCGUCAUUCCGUUUUCUUCCUCCGUGUUCCGUCAAUAUAUAUCGCGAUAACCAUUUACGAGAGAGAGAGAGAGAGAGAGACUCGUGUUCCAUCUCCAAAUAUGCGGGAAGUUGUCGGCGUCACUGAUUAAUCCACAUUCUCUGUCGGCGUAUGACUCACAUUCCGCGAGAAAAGGAAAAUGGUGUCUCGAAACAGGAAGAUUAAAAUUACGACGGUAGGCGACGGUAUGGUCGGAAAAACGUGUAUGCUCAUCACGUAUACAAAGAAAGAAUUCCCGACGGAAUAUGUGCCCACCGUUUUCGACAACUACGUCGAUACUAUAUGCGUGGGUGGACAACAAUACGAGAUGACACUGUGGGAUACCGCUGGCCAAGAAGAUUACGAACGACUUCGGCCACUGUCGUAUCCAAACACCGAUUGUUUCCUAGUCUGUUUCUCAAUAAGUGCCCGUAGUUCUUUCGAAAACGUGUCGAGUAAGUGGCACCCAGAGAUUAAAACCCACUGUCCCAAUGUACCAAUUGUACUCGUGGGUACCAAGGGGGAUCUCAGAAAUCAAGAAACUAUAGAUAUUAUCAGUACACGUGAAUGCAAUAAAAUGAAAAAGAAGAUCAGGGCGGUGAAGUACGUCGAGUGUUCCGCGAUGAAGCAAGAAGGACUCGAAGAGGUCUUUAUGGAAGCUAUCAGAGCUGUGUUGAAGAAACCGUCGUCGAAAAAGCCCUGUUGCAUCCUUUGAGACGAUUAAUAUAUUGAAACUGAUACACAACUCAUUUCGAACUGACCGAUUGAAGUCGUCAAGACGGAUGUCAAACCAAAGAUUCUCUUCACGCGUUUUUCAUGUCUUCCUCGCGUAUCUUAUUUUUAAUAUUUCUAAGGAUUAUGACGUAUUUUCUUGUGUGUAAGCCAGAAUUCUUUCUUACAACGUGUAAAUAUACAUUAAAUAUUUUAUCGGCACUGCUCAACAUAAUUGGAGGAACGUGCGAAUAGCUCUGUUGUGAGCAGUUUUAUAACUUAAACCAAAUAUAAAGAUAAAUAUAUUAAAUAACGGUAAAAGUUAAUAGUGAUAAUAAAUUAAAAUAUCGUGUUGAAGUUAUAUUUAGUGAAAGUUAAGAUUAGAAGAAUUGUUAGAAAAAAAAAAAAAAAAAUU